UGAUCCCUCCCUUUCCCCCCCCCGACGGCCCCCUCCCCCAUUCUCCCGCCGGCUCCUCCCCCCUCGCUGCAGUCGGAGCCGAAGAGCGCUGCGCACCGCACCGUGUGGGGAGCCGGCGGCGGUGGGCACGGCCCGGCCGAUUAUAGGAAGCUGUAUUGGUGUAGUUCCUUGGAGGAAGAAGCUAGAUAAGUACUUUUUGAAAGCUUCGGCAAAGAUUCGGAAGCAAAAAUGCGACCGAUGCGUAUUUUUGUGAAUGAUGACCGCCACGUGAUGGCAAAACAUUCUGCUGUUUACCCAACUCAGGAAGAGUUGGAGGCAGUUCAGAACAUGGUCUCCCAUACAGAACGUGCUCUCAAAGCUGUAUCUGACUGGAUUGAUGAACAGGAAAAAGUCAGUGGGGAGCAGCCAGAACCGGAGGCCAUGGAAACAGCAGCUGAAGAAGAAAACAAAGAAGGAGGGGAUCAGAAGGCCGCCGAGCAUCUGACUAGGACCCUUCGUGGAGUGAUGCGUGUUGGGCUUGUAGCAAAAGGCCUGCUAUUGAAGGGAGACUUGGAUCUUGAGCUAGUUCUCCUGUGCAAAGAGAAACCCACAACUGGUCUCUUGGACAAAGUAGCUGAGAAUCUUGGAGUACAGCUUGCUACUAUUACUGAAGAUAAAUAUGAAAUAAUCCAGUCUGUGAGCGAAGCUGCAAUUAUCAUUAAGAACACACAGGAGCCUCCAUUGACGCUGACCAUUCACUUGACAUCUCCUGUUGUGAGAGAAGAAAUGGAAAAACUGUUAGCUGGAGAAACGCUAUCAGUCAACGACACCCCGGACGUUCUGGACAGGCAGAAAUGCCUUGCUGCCUUGGCGUCACUCCGACACGCCAAGUGGUUCCAGGCCAGGGCUAAUGGUCUGAAAUCGUGCGUCAUAGUCAUCAGGGUGCUGAGAGAUCUGUGUACUCGGGUUCCUACUUGGGGACCACUUAGAGGAUGGCCUCUGGAGCUGCUGUGUGAAAAAUCAAUUGGAACAGCUAAUAGACCAAUGGGAGCUGGUGAGGCCUUGAGGAGAGUACUUGAAUGUCUUGCAUCAGGAAUUGUUAUGCCAGAUGGUUCUGGUAUUUAUGAUCCUUGUGAAAAAGAAGCCACUGAUGCUAUUGGGCAUCUAGACAGACAACAAAGGGAAGAUAUCACACAGAGUGCUCAGCAUGCUCUGAGACUUGCUGCUUUUGGCCAGCUUCACAAGGUCUUGGGGAUGGAUCCCCUGCCUUCCAAGAUGCCCAAGAAACCAAAGAACGAAAAUCCAGUUGACUACACUGUCCAGAUUCCCCCCAGUACCACGUAUGCCAUCACCCCAAUGAAGCGCCCUAUGGAGGAGGAUGGAGAGGAGAAGUCUCCCAGCAAAAAGAAAAAGAAGAUUCAGAAAAAAGGUAUUGAGUUAACCAGAGAGGAAAAAACUGAACCUCCCCAGGCUAUGAAUGCACUGAUGAAAUUAAAUCAGCUAAAACCUGGUCUCCAGUACAAACUUGUGUCUCAGACUGGUCCAGUUCAUGCUCCUAUCUUUACUAUGUCCGUGGAAGUGGAUGGCAGCACGUUUGAGGCAUCGGGACCUUCCAAAAAGACAGCCAAAUUGCAUGUGGCAGUAAAGGUGUUGCAAGAUAUGGGUUUACCCACAGGAGUGGAAGGCAAAGAGUCUGGAAAAGGAGAUGAAUCGGCAGAGGAAACAGAACAGAAACCAGUAGUUGUUGCUCCUCCUCCUGUAGUGGAAACUAUCUCUACACCCAGUGCUGCCUCUCCUCCCUCAGAGCAAACUUCAGAGAAUGUGAAACAACAGGGACCAAUCCUGACGAAGCAUGGCAAGAAUCCAGUGAUGGAACUCAAUGAGAAGAGGCGUGGUCUAAAAUACGAACUGAUUUCAGAAACAGGUGGCAGCCAUGACAAGCGCUUUGUCAUGGAGGUUGAGGUUGAUGGGCAGAAGUUUCAAGGAGCUGGCUCGAACAAAAAAGUGGCGAAAGCCUAUGCUGCUUUAGCUGCCCUGGAGAAGCUGUUUCCCGAUGCUCCAGCUGCUAUUGAGCCCAAUAAGAAGAAAAGAGCCCCUGUACCUGCAAGGGGAGGACCCAAGUUUGCAGUAAAGCAGCAUAAUCCAGGUUUUGGAAUGGGAGGCCCCAUGCACAAUGAAGUGCCACCUCCCCCAAAUCUGCGUGGACGUGGUAGAGGAGGCAACAUCAGAGGCCGUGGUAGAGGCAGAGGUGGAUUUGGUGGUGGCAAUCAUGGUGGCUAUAUGAAUGCUGGAGCCGGAUACGGAAGCUAUGGUUAUGGAGGAAAUUCUGCAACAGCAGGCUAUAGUGACUUUUUCACAGACUGCUACGGCUAUCAUGAUUUUGGGUCUUCCUAGAUCAUCUAAAAGUAUUGCAAAAAAACAGCUUUUUACUCCAAUUUUCUCGAACUCCAAAACCCAAAGUGUUCGUGCUGUGUCCCUGUGCUUCACUGGGUUUCUCAACAGUGGCUUUUCACCGCAGCUUGUCUGAAACUAUUAGCCUGCAGAACUUAAGGCAGUGGCAGUUUUUAUUGUGAUUUGCCUUUGAACUUGGUCGUAAUUUGAUGUACACAACAGGGGGAACUAAUUAUCCAAGAACGUUUUUGUGCAGUUUGCACAAAUUUUAAAGUCAGCUCUGUUCAGCAUAAAGGCAAAAAGCCCACCUUUGCUUUUUAUGGAAAGCAUUACUUUAUUUUUAAGAAACAAAUACUGAAGUUUUAAUCUACCUUUGUCUUAAUUUACAGCAGGUUUUGUACAAAAUUUAAGCCUUUUAAUAAACAACAGAACUUGGGUUGAUGCCUUUGACAGUAGGGAAGAUACUUUCAACGUUUCUGAAUCUAGUAGAGCCCAGCUUUUUAAGCAUGCAAAAUGGUGACUUGUAUGUGGAAUCAUAUGUGCUAAAUUAAUCUUUACAUCCUUUGUAACACACUGGUGGAUAAAUGCUGGAGGGGUGUGACUUAUUGUGGCUGAUAGCUAGUAUACUGUCAAAGGUAUUGUAUUGUGCUUCCAAUACUGGUACAAUAAAUAUCCAGGCAUUAAGGAGUUGAUGUAAAAAAUGCCAGUUUUGAUGACUUCUACAAAUGCGUGGGGUCAUUAGUUACAUAAAAUCAGGCUUUUUUUUAAUCCAAGUAUAAAGGGCCUAAAGCACUUCAAAAACUAAAAUGUCCAAGGGUUGCAAACCCAGCAGGCUGACUGGCUGCUCAGGUCAUCUGAUAUUCUCUACAGCUUAUGCCUCUUGUAAAAUACACAUUGCUCUAAAAGCAGAAGUAUUUAAUAGCCCGGACAAUGAAACUGCAUAAGAUUUUGAAGUCUCAGGGAAUCAAUUGCCCUUUGAGACUCUGGAAUGUUUAAUAAAACAUCGUGUGUUCGGUCCUUUAUUCUUGCUAUGAUACUUAUGUUUCAAAAUUGUAUUUUCUUUGUCACUGUUCUUUUUAGCUGCAAAUCCUGCAGCACUGCAUUAAUUUAAUUUGUGAAGCUCAAUAACAUUUGAGUUAACUCAGUAAUUUAAACUGGUGAAAACAGUAACCUGUGAAAUAUCAGGUUGUUGAAACCUCCUUGGGCAAAAUUUUAAAUAUUCAGUGUGAACACUUUUUAAAACAAAACGCAUGUCCUAUUUUUUUUAGAAAGUUAUUGUUUGAGAUAAUGUCUUUUUAUACAAGGGAAUAGAUAUUGUUCUGAAUGAGGUGAAAAUGCCAUUUUUUUUUAAAUGAAUACAUGUUAAAGUAACUUGUGUGUUGGAUAUUUUUAUUCACUAGUUUUAACUGAACGGGGGUGGGAUUCAGGUGUUGCACAGUGUUAAUGCUUGCUUAGUUAAAUAUGAAGGGUUCAUCUAGAAAUGACUCCUUUCCCAAGCAAGUUAAGAGAGCUUUUGGGACAGUCAACUUCCACCAUUUGUUUUCAGCUCAGGUGAUGCAGGUUUCUCCCUCACCUCCCAUUCGGAAGAAGUUCACUUCUGCGUUCUUUCAUAUAUUCUUUUGGUAGAACUCUGGAUCUCUGUUUGUACCAAAGACUGGAGUUUAGUACCAAGCUACACACUACAGGAAUAUUUUUAUUGUGGUAUGGCUGUGCCAUAACAUGUUAUCACUUCUCUUGGGUGGAAAGAAAUAUUAAAGAACCUUGUUUCUGCCCUGUUGAAAUGUGGCCUUCUGCCCACAGAAGAAGAAGAAACAUGUUCUAACUUAGUGU